CAACUUUACCAAUUCCAAGUAAACCGGACUGUCCAGUCUAUGGAAGUAAUCGCUACAAAAUUGCUCAGUCAAGUUUGGAAGAACAAGAGGAGGAGGAGAAGAAGAACUAUGGCGGCGGGUAGCCAAUCCACUGCAUCAAGGACGACGUUCCAUCUGCCGUUGGAGAUAACGAUUGAAAUCCUAUCGAGAUUGCCAGUGAAAACCCUCUUGCGAUUCAAAUCUGUAUGCAAAAACUGGUACGCUCUCAUCAAAACCCAGGAUUUUAUUUCCAAACAUCUUCAAACCCUCUCCGCUCCUAAUUCCACCCCUCUCCUCUUAAUCAAAUACUACAAUCAUAAUGCCCAAAACUACGCCAUGUCUUUACUUUCCAACGAUGGGUCCAGCGGCCCAAUCGAUUUCCCAUUUUUAACUCCCAAGAAUUACCAUUCCGUUCGGGACAUUUCCUUUCUUGGGGAACGGACUAGGAAUGAUUUUUCCAUUGCGGGUGUCUGUAAUGGUCUGGUUUGCAUUAAUUUGUCUCGCUUUGGAUAUCCCUUGGUUAUAUGCAAUCCCUCGACAAGAGAGUUUCGGAAAAUUCCAAACUCCAACUGGAAUUGGUUAGAUGAGAAUGGUUUCAAUGGCUCUAUUGGUGUUAGGCAGGUUAGUUUUGGGUUUGGCUUCCAUCCCAGUGCUAAUGACUACAAGUUGAUUAGGAUUGUGCUUGAUCUUACUCCUAUGAGAAAAGACAAUAUCCGAGCUGAUUUGUAUGUCAUGAGCACCGAUACUUGGACAGAAAUUGAUGUUAAUAAGCUCUUGUUGUUCUUUAUGUAUGAGUUUGGGGAGGAAUAUAACAACGUAGUGCAAAUUUGUGGUUCUUCUGCUUCAGCAGUCUUGAAUGGAGUUUUCUAUUGGCCAGGCCGUGAAGUCCCGACUGAUCAAAUGGUUGUUAUGUCCUUCGACUUGGGUGAUGAGGUGUUUCAAAAAAUAAGAACACCAGAGUGCUUGGAUAGGAUUUGGGAAACAAACUGGAAAUUAAUGGAAUUUAAUGAUAAACUUGCUUUGGUUGUUUCUCCCGAUGAAAGGGGCUUUGAUGUGUGGGUGUUGAAUGAAAACGAGAGUUCUUGGACUAAGCAAGUUAAAGUUGGAUCUUUCCCUAGGAUUGCAAUUGAAGAUGGUGAUAAUAGAGUGGUGGGAGGUGGGAAAAAUAAUGAAUUGUUAGUGACUGAGCAUAAAGUUUCUGGUGAUUUAAAGCUCUUUUCGUAUGACACAAAGACCGGGGAAACUAAGGAUAUUCUUUCUCGUGACGCUCCAUAUCAAUCCUUUGUUUAUUUGUGUGCAGAGACCCUACUUCCAGUCAUGCAAGCCAACACGCUCAACUAGAACAACUAAAAGAAGGAAUCAUUGAGUUCGUGGAAUUGACUUAGCUGUGAUUAUUUGUAUUUUGAGGUUUCUUUCACUGUUCUCGUUUGUUUUAGUUGCGGUAGCUUAAAUGGCUUAAAGUAGUGUCUUUUGAAAACCAACUUAAAACUACCCUUUUGUGCUAUGUUGUGUUCCAUGUAUGACCCUGAAAGUACUUGCUUUCAAAUAUGUAUAUAUAUUAGGUGGGAUGUGUAAUUGACUUCAGCAAUGGAGAUAAUUUUAGGAUGGGUUCAUCUUUCAA